CUCCUCUCACCAGUCCAACCCAGCCCAGCCCCAGACACCAACAUGACCGGCUCCUGCUGUGGCUCCACCUGCUCCAGCUGUGGGGGAGGCUGCUGCCAGCCCUGCUGCCAGCCCUGCUGCUGCCGAGACCCCUGCUGCUGCCGCCCCUGCUGCUGCCAGACCACCGUGUGCCGCCCCGUGACCUGUGUGACCCGAUGCACACGCCCCAUCUGCGAGCCCUGCCGCCGCCCCAUCUGUUGUGACCCCUGUGGCCUGCAGGAGGGCUGCUGCCGCCCCAUCGCCUGCUGCCCCACAUCCUGCACGGCCAUUGUCUGCCGCCCCUGCUGCUGGGCCUCCACCUGCUGCCAGCCCAUCUGUGUGCAGGCGCCCUGCUGCCGGCCCCCCUGCUGCCAGCCUGCCCCCUGCCGCACCACCUGCAGGACCUGCCCCUCCUGCUGCUGCUGAGCUGCCUAGAGCAAGCAAUCAACCUUCUCUACCCAACGAAACUCCUGCCCUGAGCCAUUAAGACCUCAAGUCAGCCAGAAGUUGCAUGGAGAUCCAAACUCAUCUAUUAAGAUUUGGGCUGUU